CCGGCGAGACGAACAAAAUCCGAACGCAGGAGCAUCGCCCACAGGAACGUUCCAUCGAUCGAUCGAAUUCUCAUUCUGUUGCCCACAAAAUCCAAACGCAAGAGCGACGAGGACAUAAACCCCCUUCCUUCCUUCCUUCUUCCCCUUUCCCCCCUCGGCUGCGAGCGCGGCUCCACGCCUCCCCUCCACCCCCACCCCACCGCACCGCAGCCGGUGACCGGGUCGCGCCAUCGCACGGCGACGCCAGCCCGCCCCGAUGGACCCGCCGCCCCCGCCUCCGCCGCAGCCGGCGCACGGGGGCUACGCCCAGCGCUUCUCCCCCGCCGGCCUCAUCCACGCGCCGCUCUCCGCGCUGCUCGAGUACUCCUCGGGCGUCCUGCGGGCCCAGGCCGGCGGGGGCGGCGGCGGCGGCGGCGGGCCCCAGCGGGGGGAGCCAUCCGCGGGGGCCGACGGGGAGGUGUCGAUUCGGAUCGCCGGGCCCGACGACGCGCCCGGCGCCGGCGCGGGGGACGCGGGAGGAGGGCAGCAGCCCGCGGACGAGGAGGCCCCGGCGGCGCGGGGGGACGAGGCCGGCGCGGGCGGCGGGAGCGGGAGGGGGGACUCGCCGUACCAGGGCUACGACGUGCAGCGCCUGGCCAGGUGGGUGGAGCACGCGCUGCCCUUCUCCCUGCUCCUGCUCGGCGUCUUCAUCCGCCAGCACCUGCAAGGUUUCUUCGUCAUGAUCUGGAUUGCCGCAGUCAUGUUCAAGUCCAAUGAUAUCUUGCGCAAGCAGACCGCUCUCAAGGGGGAGAGGAAAAUGCCAAUGCUUAUCGGGAUUGUAACAGUAUUCACCAUUCACGUGUUUGGAGUCUACUGGUGGUACAGGAAUGAUGACCUUGUUAGACCUUUGGUGAUGCUUCCUCCAAAAGAAAUACCACCAUUCUGGCAUGCUAUAUUUUUCAUCGCUGUGAACGAUACAAUGGUCCGGCAAGCUGCUAUGGUUGUCAAGUGUGUGCUGCUCAUAUACUACAAAAACAGCAAAGGUCGUCACUAUCGUAGACAGGGUCAAAUGUUGACAGUUGUGGAAUAUUCCCUUCUUCUGUACCGUGCGUUGUUGCCGGCUCCUGUGUGGUAUCGUUUUUUCCUGAACAAGGAAUAUGGAAGUCUUUUUUCAUCUUUAACAACUGGAUUGUACCUUACUUUCAAGGUGGCAUCAAUGGUGGAAAAGGUUCGUUCACUUUUGGCUUCAGUGAAUGCGCUGUCUCAUAAGGACUUGCAUUAUGGUUCACAUGCAACAACUGAGCAGGUUCUUGCUGCUGGAGAUCUGUGUGCUAUAUGCCAAGAAAAGAUGCAUACUCCCAUCCUCCUGCAGUGUAAACAUAUCUUCUGCGAAGACUGUGCCUCUGAAUGGUUGGAGCGGGAGCGGACAUGCCCGUUAUGCAGGGCGCUGGUGAAGCCAGGGGACAUCCGGUCAUUCAGCGACGGUUCAACGACCCUCUUCUUUCAGCUCUUCUAACAAGAAACAAGAAGCGCUAACCUUCGGCCUGCAGAUGUUGGAUCGCCCCCUGUUACUCUCCAUCAGCCUGCCGUGUGCUGAGACUUAUUCCAGUCCAGGUCCUUUUCCGCCACUUCGUGACAAGUAGUAGGUGCCGUGGGUGUGCAUAUUACCCUGUAUAGGUCCUUGCGGGAUUCUCCAUCAGAAAAAAGAGGAAUGUUAUGAUGAAAUAACUGAAUCUAUAGAGGUGAAUUUCCAUUAGCAUGUGGCUGGGUGGGUGCCGCCACAUCUGCAAAAUUCAGAAUUGACCUUAUACAAGAUCACAAAUGUUAACUCUUGACUCCUGAGCCAACGUAGCUUGUUGCUUGUAAAAUGAGAUGAACAUAUCCCUUUA